UGAUGCUUUCUCUUUUUAAUGAUUUACGGCUAAACAGUACAAUUUCAUGUAGCUUUUACGCAAAAUUAAAUACUUAGUUGUUUGCAGAAUUGCAUUUAACAACAAAUUACAGAAAUUUAACUAAGUUUAGAUCUCAUAGAUAAGAAUUGAACGGAAAAAACUUUUGGGGUAAAAAAGUCAAAAAAUAAUGUUUGCUGGAAAAUCACUUAAUGGACAUACAAUAGCAGAGAUAUCAUGCCUGUAAUUUUCUGUUCAAUGCACCUUAUGACAAGUCUGACUAAUCCACUGGUAACCCAUGCCUUAAAACCGCCUUGAAUCUUAAAAUUUAAUCCAUUUGCCUUUCCAGCUGCCUUUCAUGCGUAGUGGUUGGGGGUAAAAUCAGAAGAACAGAACAUUCAGUUACUGUACCAUUUUUAAAAGUGGGACAGUAUGUUUGCCAAUCAUCUUAGUUAACCGCCUUUAAAAAAGGACUAAAGGAUACCUGGUCAUACAGGAAAAUGAAUUUACUGUAUCCCGAAAGCUUUGGUUUCCCGUGCACUUAUUUUUCGCAGGAGACAAUCGAUAAUUGCCUGAUCACGCAAUCGGAGGUUAGUAACUAAUUUUAAAAAAGUCAUUGAUACCAUCGCCGCUUAGCAAAUACACUACGUGCUGCAAAGGAUCCAAAUUGCGCUUAUAGAAUGUUUUCGUAUUCGGCCCACUUUUUAUCUCAGGUAAGGCUCUGCAAAGCUGAUUCAUUUACGAAGGUUCGAGCGAGAAUUAUUUCAUGAUGUUAUUCUGAUUUCGCAGCUACGGGAAAACAGACCUAGACUCAGGUCCACUCGCAGACGCAAUGGUACAAUCUACAAAAUCUCAAGAACAGAAAUUACCCAUUGAACGGCCUUUCCUUUUGAAGAUUGCGUGUAUUUCAUCAAAACAGGUACGUAGUAAUAGAAUCUUGUUAGUUUCUCCCGUUUUAACGAGCUCAAAUCGACGCAUAAAACUAAGGGUGUGUUCCUUUCGGCGAAUCCAAAAACGGAUUUUGGAUCCUAGAUUUGCCAGAUUUCGCGGUCGAAAGGAACGUGAAAUCCGAAAUUGGAUUUGUAACCUUGGUAACCUUUCGCCAACGCGUGCAAUACGCACGACAGCCUCUCAAGAAAUGAUGUGUUUUGUACUGUUUGUAGUUAGAUAGCAGUUCAUUUGUUACUUUUACUUAUUUCUUAUUUCAAGCAAUCUUUAGAGACAAAUGGUUAGUAUAUGGAUAUUUUAUUGUACCAGGAACAAUCUUCUAGUGUUUUCAGAUGUUUUGAGGCAAAUGACAGCAACGAGCAACUCUACGGCCUCUGUGGGAAUACUUCAACUGGAAAUACCGCUGGAUCAUCUGACUAAUUUCGGAUCCACUGUGAAUGGAACAGCGUAGAUCACUAAUCCGUUAAUCUGGAUUUGGAUUCUUCGGAUUUCAAAUCCAAUGAAUCCUUUUUCAAAAAGGAUUCUCCAGAUCAAAAAUCCGGAUUUGGAUUUGCCGAAAGGAACGCGAAAUCCGUUCUUAGAUCUAAAAUCCGUUUUUGGAUUCACCGAAAGGAACACACCCUAAGUUGACGAGCACGUGUCAGUUGACCCUGGGGUCAAUUAGCGGUUGUUUGGGGCGAAAUAACCUCAAAAUAAUCAGUCUAUUUUAUAAGCGUUCGCAAGAACACCAGACUAUAACUUUCAGAUAAUGUUGAAGUACCAUAUCUCAUUAGGUAGUAAGCGGGAUUUGGGGUGAUUUGGAGAAUUCCCCCAUAUAGAAAAUUCGAUUUAAUAUUUUGGUUUUAGCGGUAAAUUGUUGUAUUUAUAAGCAUUGUGCAAAUUACGUUUCAAAAUUGUGCUCGUUCGUCGAUAUUUUAUUCUUUAAAUCUAAAAAAAUGUGCUGUUUAGAAAUUGUUAAUAUCUGUUUUUUGAGAUUUAAGUGGAAGAUUGCCAAUAUAUUCGCUCGUUUAUGAAAGUCAGCUCAUUUCUGUCGCUAGGCUAUAUUGCCGUGUUCGGCGGCUAAUUUUAGGCCCGCUGACCGUUGAAAUCGAAAAUCUCAAAUAAUUCCCAAAUUCGGCCGCAUUUUGAAAUUUAAACCUCAGUAGUGUUAUAAAUUCAUUAAAACCUUAUUACAGACUUAAAAUGAGGGUAGGUUAGGUUUUGAGCUGUGACCACGGUUUACUCGAUUUUUCUGUGCAUUCGCUCUUAAUUCUCUUUGCCUACAAUUUGAUGAUCCUAAAAAGAAUAGAGAAAAUUAUCCGAGAGAGUACUUUUGAUAAAAAAAGAAAAAGAAAGCCCGGUUAAAAUUUAACCCCGGGUUAGCACUAACCGGCGUUCGAACAACUGGGCCCAGUUCGAUUUCGAAAAAUUUUGUUAGCACAUGCUGGAAGAUCAUAUUAAAAUUUGGUAACCUGUGAAUUUUCAGCCGAAUAUAUAUCAAAAGUAGCAAUUGCAACAGCCGCCGAAGAUUAACAGUAUUUGUAAGAGAAAAAUAAUUUAGCCACGCCAUUUUUCCACGUUUACCCCGUUUAACCAUGUUUAUACCAGUUUAUCCACGUGUUACCCCGUCUGGCUAUGCUUUAUUAUUACUCCGUUUUCCGUUUUUAUACCAGUGUAUUCAGGCGUUUCCCGUUUGCCCAUGUCUACCCGCACUUCACCCCGUUCACCCAUAUUUUACCCCACUUUGUCCCGGUCACCGUGUUUUACCCCGUUUCAGAUACCCAUGUUUUUCCCCAGUUAUCAGUUAUUAGUACGCACGUGCUUAUUUGCGUAAAGGAAGCUACCCUCCUGGUCGGGUACUGUUCUUGAAUGAACAGCAUGCCUAAAAUACGCGCAUCUUAUAUGCAAGCACUUAAACUUAACCUAGUGUUUGCAUCACUACUUUUUGAAGCCGAGAGAAAUCUAGAAACACCCGAUAGUAGUGUGUUCGUUGAUCAGGUUGUAGGGGCAUUUCCCCGUAACCGAAGAACUCCAUAUAUCCUCAUGUUUCUCAGAACAGGUUAAAGGGGGCGCUUUCCAUUUACGAAAAAAACCCGGAAAUUUCGGUGGUGGCAAAAGUGGAAUUUCCGAUUGGUAAAAAGUUGUUCCAUUUGGUCGUAAACCCCGGUACGUGGCCGGGUGCCCGACCGUGGACCUGGAACUGGUACAAACUGCAAGAAACGUCAAUGGAACACGACAUUCCGUUCGGAAAUUCCAACCGGGAAAACGGGACCACCUUUUUAGAUUUUCCACUUUUCCUGGGAAUUUUCCAGUGGGACGAACCGACGAAACGUGUUCCAUUUACCUCCGAACCGAAAAUUCCGGAAAUUUUGACUAAAUGGAAAGCGCCCAGGGUCUUUCCUAACCCAGCCAGCAGAAACUUUCUUUUGCUUGCUCAAUUUUGGCGUAUUUAAGAAGACUAUGUAGAAUCGAGUAAGAUUUUGUUAAGCUUGCGCUGUAUAUUGCUAGGAAACAGUUUCGAACCCAGGUCUAAUAGCCGUGUUCCUAAUGGUACAGCGAGUCCAGCUACGAUCAUCUGUUUAUCAGAUCAAUAAACAGACGCUUGCAAUCAAAAGACCAGUUUGACGAGAGAAAACAAGAUUGACUUGUUCAGAAGUUUGGGUUCAAAGGAUUGACGCAAUUCAGGAAGAUCCUCUUUUCCUCCUCGUCAAUCAAGAAAAAUAAACAAGGAGGCUCUACUCGCAGUGCAGGGUGGGCUUUCCGUUUUUGCAUAAUGCCGCUAUUAAAAGUGACUCUAUUCGCGCCAGUCCCUUGCAACGCGAUUAUAAAUAAGAGCUCGGCAUCUCAUUUCUGUCCAGUUCGCAUAAGAAUCCAUUCGCUCUAUUAACCGAUUCUUGUUUUAUUAAGAUGACUGACGAACCGGUCCCGUCCCGGCCAAUGCUACACAAGCUCCAGCUCUGCCUCAAACAGUCCAAUCGCCAGUACAGUGCGGAUGACUGAGUUUCCCGCGCCUGUGUUUCACUGGGCUAUACUCCCAGUUUGUCUGCUGCCCUUCCCUUGGCUCCUGUAAGAUUUUUACAAGUCAAUGUUUUGCUUUUGUUUUAUCCAGUAGCGGUGUUAUUCGUACUUUGCCUCGCUAUCUGCGGUUUGUGCAGUGUUCUUCCCUCGGCCCCCCUUAAAGUUUUAGUGCUCUCGCUUCGGUUCCCGUAGUUUGUUGCACGCUUUCGUUGUUAGUAAUUUAUGUUUUGCGUGUUUUGCCUCACAAACGUCGGGUUUGUGCAGUGCUAUUCCCUUGGCUCCCACAAAGUUUGUUGAACGCUUGUGUUUAAUUUUGCUUUAUUCGGUAAUUUUUCUUUUGCGUGCUUUGCCUCACAAACAUCGAUUUUGUGCAGUGCUUUUCCUUCGGCUCCCGUAAAGCGAGUUACACGCUUUUGUUACGCUUUAGUCAGAAAUUUGUUUUGCGUGUUUUGCUUCAAAAAAGCCGGGUUUGUGCAGUGCUAUUCCCUCGGCUCCCGUAAAGUUUGUUGCACGAUUGUGUUUAAUUUUGCCUUAUUCAGCAAAUUUUUGAAAGAUUGAAAUGAAUGGUAAUAUAUGAAAUGAAUCACACUUUGAACUGCAGAUAAAGGUAUGGAACUGUGAAGAUGUUAACAACUAUGUUGGCACUUACAUGAAAACACAUUCUAAUUCAAUCAUGAUCUGCAUUAGCUAUGCAUUGAAAAUGUCUAUUCAUUCUCUGUUCAUUAAAGUUAUAACCCACGUAAUUUAAAAUCAAAAAUAAACUUUUGUACCUGCUUCACAAAAUACAUGCAUGCUGUUAAAUUAUUCACCGCUUAUGACCUGGAUUGCAGAGAGGUUUUAUUCACUAUGACUGCCCAGGGAAUUGGGAAGCUUGGGUUUCUUAUUGACUGACGCAUGAAAAUAUAGAACCAGACUAGAUUAUCUUUGCUACUUGAAAAUUCAACACUCGUUAACGCUUUUCUAUUCUGUUUAUUAGUUCCUCUAUAGUCUGAAAAUUUUCAUAAGAAUUUUUGUAUCACAUUACAUGUAAUCUUACUUUAUACAGAUGUUCUUUCUUAAUUCCAUUUCUUUUAGUAAUUUCCAGUACCAGUGACCAAACUCCUAUUUUCCAGUACAAAGCAAGGAAUUGCUACUCCUUCAGACCCCCAAAGUUUUAACAUAAUUUUACAUUAUCAUCUUCAUCGUCAUGGUCUCGUUGCUUGCUUAGUAUUGAAAGGUUAUGCCGAAUAAAUACACCUGUUAAGUUAUAAUUUACUUUAAACGGUUACUGAGUACUUGACACAGUCAUUGGAACUCCUCAUAAACAAGUUUGGAAUUAAGCUUAAAAGGUUAGAGAAAAGGCAAGCCAGGACCAUUUACCUUGCCUUACUAUCUGCUCUUUUCAGCGAAAUCUUGAGUAUCGAAGAGCCUUAGUAAUACAGUCCUGGUCUGUGAUGUGAACAUUCCAGUGUUAAGGUGAUUCCUUAGUAAAAGAACCUAACAUAGAUUAUAGAUGAAACUUGGUACACUGAUGUAACAAGUCAAGAAGAUGAUAAAAAAGUAAUAAAAAGUGAGGGUCACCGUGCUCGUUUUGACGUCACAAUGCUGACAAAUACGGCUGUUUAGGACCCUUUUACAAAAACCGCGGGCAGCCCAAAACUUGACAAAAAGGAGAGAUUUUUUCAAUGAUGCAUGUGGUAUCGCACAGAAUUUGACUUUAAUGUAUUGUUUAUCCACUUACGUACCAGAAAAAUGCCUUUUAAUGCCCUUGUUUUUACUUUACGCUCCAAAAUAGAAUUAAAUUGGACACGCGCUAUUCGACCCGUGAUAGCUCAAUCCGUACAAUUUAGUAAAAUUGCCAAAAAACUGAACAUAGAUUUGUGCCAAUUUUUUUCUCAUCGAAAGAAAGCACUGUCCUUAUUAAAAUUAUGAAAUGAAAAAUGGGGGUCACCGUUCUCGUUUUUGCGGUAGAGCUGCAGAAAGUGCGCACCAAAUGCAUUUUCUCCGAUUUUUGAGAGAGGACUGGGGCGAGCUUCAAAAUAGAAUGUAUGUGAAAGGGGGAAGAAAGUAUUUAAAAAUCUGUUUUUACAGAAUUUACAUCGAGAUAUCACAUUUAGGACACAAUAUGAUAAAGAAAGGGUUUAAAUGAAAAUCAAAGUGAGUAAGCACAAGUUAAACAUCCACUAUGGAAGUUCUCCGUGAGGAAGUCGAACUCAGCAACACGCGUACUGCUUACGUUAUGCACAUUCCCAACACAAUGAGUCUCACCUCAGCAAGAAACAAGAGCAAGCAAAAAUUGCAAUAGCGUUUCUCUUCAGUUAACUUCAUUUUUUAAAAUAAUGUUACUUCACAUGCUCUUUUUUACGGCGGCUAUCUUGUUAUGCGCAGUAAGAGAUGCGCAGAGCAAAACCAGGGAAUCACCUUAAUGCUUGCGCUUCACACGAUGUUUCUGUCUCCAAUUCUUACUGAGUAUCUCGUCUCGAUAGGGUUGCUUCACACUUGAGAAGUGAUCGAUUACUAAAGGCUGAUAGUGCAAUAAUAAUUAUAUUUGUAACAACCUUAAGAUGUCCUGUGAUGCUAUCAAGAAGCAUAAUAUAUGAAAGAUCUGCAAACUUCUAAAACCGUUGGACACUUUCAAAAUGGAUGUCAAAUCAACGAACCUAAUUGAGCAUGUGCAAAGGAGCAACCCCGCUGACCAGGUGUCCCUUCACUGUAUUGUUUCCAGGCCCCUUUCUUUCAAUAAAUUGUCCGUUCCCAAACUUCUCCAAACGAAGGCCUCGAUUCUGUUUUGAUUUUUUUUUUACUUCGUUUGUUCAUUAAACAGAGCAAGCAGCAUUGGACAUUAAUAAUACAGUAUUUGUUAUGUUCUCGUUUUCUUUAGCUUUCGAUUCAGCUUCAACAGAGUAGCGAGUACUGGGCGCAGAAAGUACGAGAUUUAACUACACAGAUGGAUAGUCAACAAACAUGA